AAAAGAAAACGAGUGGUUAUAUUAAGGAAGUCAUUCUUGCUAAUGAUGCAACUAGCACUUUCAGACGACUCAUCUUUGCAAACGUAGUCUACUUCAAAGGAGAAUGGAGUCAGAAGUUUGAUCCGACAAAGACAAAAGAAUCCGACUUCCACCUCAUCGACGGUAACAAAGUUCAAAUUCCCUUCAUGACCAGCAAGGAAGACCAAUUCGUGACUGAAUAUGAUGAUUUCAAAGUAGUGGGUCUUCCCUAUUCACAAGGUCAAGAUAAACGCCAAUUCACAAUGUACAUUUUCCUCCCAGACGCAAAAGACGGCCUUCAAUCUUUACUACAAAAAAUUGAUUACACACCAGAGUUUUUUGAACGUCACAUUCCACGCGAAAUGGUAGAAGUUGGACAGUUUUUGAUACCAAAAUUUAACAUCUCAUUCGGGUUUGAAGUGUCUGAUAUGUUGAAAGAGUUCGGGCUUGUAUUGCCUUUCAACAGUACGGAUGGUCCGAUCAGCAUUCACCAAAAAUCAUUUGUGGAGGUGAAUGAAGAAGGUAUAGAAGCUGCACCUGCAACACUUAUGAUGGACAGUUCAGCAAGAAUGGCUCGUGAUAAAGUUGAUUUUGUGGCUAAUCACCCAUUCUUGUUUGUGAUUAGAGAAGAUGUGAGCGGGGUCGUGUUGUUUAUGGGAAAAGUGAUUGACCCUAGUGUUGUUGAAUAGGUAGUUGAUGUCUCUAGUUUCGUUCAUACUUUGCGUCUUUUGCUAUGAACAGUCGAGGGUUAAUUUUCAUUUAUUAA